GGAAGGGAAGGGGGGACCAUGAACUACCAGCAGCAGCUGGCCAACUCGGCAGCCAUCCGCGCCGAGAUCCAGCGCUUCGAAUCGGUGCACCCCAACAUCUACUCCAUCUACGAGCUGCUGGAGCGCGUCGAGGAGCCCGUGCUGCAGAACCAGAUCCGCGAGCACGUCAUCGCCAUCGAGGAUGCCUUUGUAAAUAGCCAGGAAUGGACACUAAGCCGAUCCGUACCAGAGCUGAAAGUGGGGAUCGUAGGAAACCUAGCUAGUGGCAAGUCUGCACUUGUGCACCGCUAUCUGACUGGCACCUAUGUCCAGGAGGAAUCACCCGAAGGUGGGAGAUUCAAGAAAGAGAUAGUAGUUGAUGGACAGAGCUAUCUGCUGCUGAUUAGAGAUGAAGGUGGCCCUCCAGAGGCACAGUUUGCCAUGUGGGUGGAUGCUGUUAUAUUUGUCUUCAGCUUGGAAGAUGAAGUUAGCUUCCAGACUGUUUACCACUACUACAGCCGUAUGGCUAACUAUCGUAACACUAGUGAAAUUCCAAUGGUACUGGUGGGAACACAGGAUGCUAUAAGUUCCAGUAACCCACGUGUCAUAGAUGAUUCCAGAGCAAGGAAGUUAUCAAAUGACCUCAAGAGAUGCACUUACUAUGAAACCUGUGCCACCUAUGGGCUCAACGUGGAGAGAGUCUUUCAAGAUGUUGCUCAGAAGAUCGUUGCGACGAGGAAGAAGCAGCAGCUCUCAAUAGGACCCUGCAAAUCCCUACCAAACUCUCCAAGUCACUCAUCUGUGUGUUCUGCCCAGGUUUCUGCUGUACAUAUCAGCCAGACCAGUAAUGGAGGAGGGAGUUUAAGUGAUUAUUCCUCCUCUGUCCCAUCAACUCCAAGCACCAGCCAGAAGGAGCUACGGAUUGAUGUUCCUCCCACUGCCAACACACCAACUCCUGUCCGUAAACAGUCCAAGCGCCGAUCCAACCUCUUCACGUCUCGGAAAGGGAGCGACCCAGACAAAGAGAAGAAGGUCCUGGAGAGCAGAACGGACAGCAUCGGGAGCGGCCGUGCGAUCCCAAUUAAGCAGGGUAUGCUGCUAAAGCGAAGUGGCAAGUCAUUGAAUAAAGAGUGGAAGAAGAAAUACGUGACGUUGUGCGACAACGGCGUGCUGACCUAUCAUCCUAGUUUACAUGACUACAUGCAGAACGUUCACGGGAAAGAAAUUGACUUGCUGAGAACCACUGUGAAAGUUCCUGGAAAGAGGCCACCUCGAGCUACGUCAGCUUGUGCCCCCAUCUCCAGUCCCAAAACAAAUGGCCUUUCCAAGGACAUGAGCAGUUUACACAUCUCACCGAAUUCAGGGAACGUGACUACUAGCACAUCUGUGUCUCAGAUGGCAAGUGGGAUCAGUCUAGUCUCCUUCAACAGCCGUCCGGACGGUAUGCAUCAGCGCUCUUACUCGGUCUCCAGUGCAGAUCAGUGGAGUGAGGCAACAGUCAUUGCAAACUCUGGCAUUAGCAGUGAUACCGGGUUAGGAGAUUCAGUGUGCUCAAGCCCAAGUAUAUCCAGUACAACCAGCCCCAAACUCGACCCGCCUCCUUCGCCUCAUGCCAACAGAAAGAAGCAUCGCAGGAAGAAAAGCACCAGCAAUUUCAAAGCCGACGGCAUCUCAGGCACAGCUGAAGAACAAGAAGAAAACUUUGAGUUUAUCAUUGUCUCUCUCACUGGCCAGACUUGGCACUUUGAAGCUACCACAUACGAAGAAAGAGAUGCGUGGGUACAAGCCAUAGAGAGUCAGAUCUUGGCCAGUUUACAGUCCUGUGAGAGCAGCAAGAACAAGUCGCGCCUGACAAGUCAGAAUGAGGCCAUGGCCCUUCAGUCGAUAAGGAACAUCAGAGGCAAUUCCCACUGCGUGGACUGUGAAGCACAGAACCCUGACUGGGCCAGCUUGAAUCUGGGAGCCCUCAUAUGUAUCGAAUGCUCAGGUAUACACCGAAACCUUGGCACACACCUCUCCCGAGUCCGCUCUCUUGACCUGGAUGACUGGCCUAUAGAGCUCAUCAAGGUGAUGUCUUCAAUUGGGAAUGAGCUGGCAAACAGCGUUUGGGAGGAGAGCAGCCAGGGUCAUAUGAAACCUUCAUCAGAUUCCACGAGGGAGGAAAAAGAGCGCUGGAUACGUGCAAAAUACGAGCAGAAGCUCUUCCUUGCUCCGCUGCAGUGCCUGGAACUUUCUCUUGGCCAACACCUCCUGAGGGCUACAGCCGAGGAAGAUCUGCGCACGGUCAUCCUGCUCCUCGCCCACGGCACGCGGGAGGAGGUGAAUGAGACCUGCGGAGACGGCGAUGGGCGCACGGCCCUGCACCUGGCCUGCAGGAAGGGAAACGUGGUGUUGGUGCAGCUCCUGAUCUGGUACGGCGUUGACGUGAUGGCACGCGAUGCCCAUGGGAACACCGCGUUGGCCUACGCCAGGCAGGCCUCGAGCCAGGAGUGCAUUGACGUUCUCCUCCAGUACGGCUGCCCCGACGAGCGCUUCGUCCUCAUGGCCACUCCGAAUCUGUCCAGGAAGAACAACAACCGGAACAACAGCAGUGGAAGGAUGCCCACCAUCAUCUGAGGAGCUCACUCGUGUAUUCGCUGACCUGGAUUACAUCCGCGGCCUCAUAUUCCUCCAUUCCCAUCACGGCUCUGCUCUGUGAGUCCAAUAACUUCCCUUUUCCCUUUACCCUUCGGUGCAUCCCUGUCCCAUCCAGAACCAGCACAUCUGGAUAGCACGAGGGGAUGAGAAGGAGCGAAAGGGGCUGCAGAGAAAGCAGUUGUUUCAGUGACAGCUCUCGAACGAUGGAAACGGGACAGCAGAAGCGUGCGAGAGCACGUGGGUUCUGUAGGACACGGCGCGUGGCACGGGACCAUGGGGACAGUUGUCCCUGGGCACAGGCUCUACAAGUGCAGAAGGCAGGGGUGGAGGGAGGUGAGAGCGGGAGCGAGAGGAGAAGAAAGAAGAAAUGGUAACUUUCCAUAACUGACAGUUAAGCACAUCAGUACAUUUCACCUCUACCAAACGGAACGGCUGGAUUUCAUUCUCUUCUCUGAAGAGCUUGACGGCAUAAAUCAGAAGCAAGCACAGAGUUUGUCAGGUUUGAAGCUCCUAUGAUGGUAUGUGUCAAAUCAGUUGUAGCUAAUCUGUCCAGGGAGAAUACUGGCUUCAUUACACUUGUAUAGUUGAGUUCUUCCAGCAUUACCGCUGUUUAAUAGAACAUGAUUAGUCAUCACGGAGAAAAAAGCAUAUUAGCUGAGGAGGUAGUUACAUGGCACGCUUCGGUGAUUGCUUGGAUGUGAUUGCAAUAUUCUUAGAAGCAUCAUAUUAUCUCAGACAUGUUCUUUCGAGCCCUUGGAGCCCUCCUUUCUAAAUUCACUGUCAUAAUUUAGUAUCUGUUUAAUUUUUCAGUCCAAAGAGAGGAAAUGAGUUGCUGAGUGUUAUUUGACUGCAGUCUCCUUGGUGUAAAAACAAAAUGGAAAAAAUAAAUAAGAGUAACUAUGAAACACAAAAAGGAAUAAUGAAUACUGCUAAGGAAAAGCAUUUCAAGUACGUUUAGUAAAAUUAAUAAAUGCAUUAAAGGCUAAUAUUUUUCCAGCCAGCAGAAAUACGUUCUGUCAUUUUGCCAAGGUAAACGUGUUGAGUUUUUGGUCACUCCUGUGAUGCAUUGCCUAACUUAUACAGAUUUUGUAUUGUGUCUUUAGAUUAUAUGUAUGUAAAAUCUAUUUGAAUAAAAAAAUCAUAAAUAUGCAUUGAUUUUUUUUUUGUACAGAAAAUGACACCUCUGUUAAUUUAUAAACUGUAAUGGAUGUGAACUAAAUAAUGUGCAACUAGUUAGGAUCUGUGGAUUCCGGAUCACUGUAUGUUGAAAAUAUCCCCAGCAGUGAACUCUUGUUUCCAUUGCAAGCCUUUGAGGAACAUAUCAGAAUGAGAUUAUGGCACGCUUGGCAUGAAAAAAGUAUGUAUAUAUAUAUAUGAGACCGUUUAGAAAGGAAAAGAGGCUGUUUCUCAGCGCUGUAAAUAUAUUUUACUUCAGAAGUCACGACGCUUUCACAAGCCAAGAUGAAAAGCCAUAGUCUGGAUGCGUGCAGAUCAGAUUGGGUUAGUUUCAGGAUUGAUAGCCUUCACCGAGGCGGGCAGGGCAUGGCUGCCCUACCUCUGAACCUGGCUGCUUUCUGGGAGAAAAAGGGCUUGUUGAAAGGAGCCUGGGCAGUUUGUUUGAGUUCCAGGUUUUACUACUUGACUUGAUUUUUAUUGUUUUAUUAUUAUUAUUAUUGUUUGUAUUACCAGACUGAUCCUGGCUUGUGCCAUUUGCUUCAAAACCAGGUUUCUGACACAGGGAAGCAGGCUGUAUGAUUUUUUGGCUGACCAAAAAGUAGUUUUUAAGUGGCAUAUGGCAAUGUGGAGAUGGGGGAAGGGUGUAUCACGGAGAAAGUUGAAAACUCAACUGAAUUAGAUGGCAAAGGAGCAAUUAUGUGAAGUCAGUGAGGUGCACACAGCACAGUAAUUUGGAAAUCUACCUGCUCCUUAUGUAUUUCCCAAGCCUUCAGUGUUGUUUUUCCUUGGGGCUCUGUAUUUUGCUUGACAUACGAAUGGGAGGACGAUAGCAAUUGCUGAACAAAAUAUAGGUCGACGCAAAAUGAGAAGGAGAAAAAUUAUUCUGAGUAUCUUAAGGAAGAGAGAGAAAAUUACAGGUUGGGUAUCAAAUCAUAAAGCUUGAGAAUACUGACUGGCUUUCCCUGUUCUGUGCUGUUGUCGUUCCGUACUUUGAUACUGUACUGACCUCUGACCAUAGAGGGGGUCUUUCUCCAUCCAGCUUAGACUGGCUGCAUCAGAUUAAUGCUACAUCUGAUUCUGUGCACGCUAGGAUUUUUUUAUUUUUUUAUUUUUUUUUAACUUUUGAGGGAUAAUUGCUAUUUCUCCAUCGUUCCCAUGCAGCUCUGAUAGUGAUGGGUGGUCCCUCGGUGACAGGACGGCCCGUUGAAGGUUCAGCUGAGUGGGAUGCUGCAAGCCCCCGUGUCUUGGUGCUCACAAGCUUUCCACCCGUUCCAGGGGGCAUGGUGUAAACUGGGGAAGUGCAGCACAUGUUCCCAGAGGUGCAGGCUGCCUGCUGUUCCCCUGGGAACAGCCAGCGUGUUUCUCUUGGAAAAUCAAGUCCAAUGUUUCAAAUACGUUGUAGGCAAAUUUUGCCGCGGUUAAGUUCUCAAUGCUUCUUCCAUUUCAGAGCUUAUUUUUUGUCCUGAUUGAAAAUAUUUUCUGUACAUAGGUGAAGUGUUCUCUUUAGGCCACCUUUCUGAGUGUGAGAUGUGAGAAGCAAGGACAGCAGCCAGGCUGUCGUGCAGGCUUCGGGUAGAAGAAUUGUACGCUCCUUUCAUUAGAAGAAUUCUGCAGGUGAACCUUGGAAAACAGGAUUUUUUUAGGAAAGGAACUUCCGCUGUAUUAUAGGAAAAAUGAUGUAUCAAGCCUAGCCAACUAAUAACCUCAUACUUUAACUAAUCCGUGACACAGUUGCUUUUAACUUAAACAUAGCUUUUCCUUGGACGUAUCAGCAUUGGCAGUGAUGAUGUCAAAGCAGUGCUCUCAUGGGCCGUGCUUGGCUUCCCCAGGGAAAAACUCCAUCAGCCGAGCCCCGCUGUCCUUGGCUUCGUGCCGUGAGGUUUCGGGACUCCGUGCUCUUUCCAGGCGGAUGCGUUUGUGCUUUGCAGAGGGUGUUCUUGAAGCCAUCCAGGUGCAGAGACAGGCAGGCUUUGAGAACCUGCAGCAGUUGUUCUGUCUUCUAACCUGUCCAUUUUCAGGUCUUCGUUUUGCCUUCAGCCCCCCCUCUUGUUGCUUUUACGGAACCCACUUGUCGGACUGCUUACGCCCCUUCGAGCACGUGAGGAGCAAAUUGAAAACGAAUUGAAAUCCAGUCAGUAAGAAAUCCCAGCAGAAAUGCACUGACUAAAUCCGUUAGCGUUGUCUGAGGGAAUGGAGAUUGUGGCCGUGUUUCUCACCGUUGAACCCUUUUUGUGAUCCCAGAUCCUUUUAAAUCCCACUUCCUCUGCACUUUAUCCACCGUGACUAAAACACUAGAUGGAAGUGUUUGCUGUUAACGUCAGCACUUUUCUUCUAUUUCCAUCAGGCUAAUUGCUGUUGAAGAGCAGAGGUGAGCCAAAUGCGUUGAAUCUGGCAACUGAACCUUCACCUGCCAGGAGUUCAGGAGGGUUUUACUUAUUCCUCACUAUUUUCUUGGGAAAAUAUAGUCUUGCCAGUUCAGAGAUUUGGCCAAGGGUUCCCAUUGCCAGAUUUCUGGUUUCGUUGCUAAAAGGGAGCAGAAGGAAAGCUGUUUCUGGAGAAUCUUGGUAUACCCCAAGCUGAGGAGACCAAAAGAGCUAGUUGAAAGGAGGAGAGGGUUUGUAAGCAUUUCUACUUGGGUGUAGUGUAUAAUAACCGUGUAAACAUGAAUACUGUUUACUCUGCUGUCUUUCCCCAUUUCCUUAAAUUAUGUGUGUUAGUGCACGGAGCUUUAGCUGCACUUGGAGAUUUCCCCUGGCAAGAAGAAGCUGUGUAAUGUAAAGAAGGGAAUAGAGGUGUGAGUGCAGAUACAUUCUUAGCAAUGAUCUCCAGCACUGUAAUGUAGUAUAAUUAGAUGAUACAGUUUUCAGAUAGCUUCAUCUUUUAUAUUUGUAUGGAGAUCGGGAAAAAUGAAGUAAUUUGUAGUUUCUAGUGUAAAGUAGUAAUAGUGGAGACAAGCACAGAUUUCACAGAGGGUUCCUUAGGGCCCUUCACAAAUGUCUCGGGGAGCCGUGUUUGCACCUUAACAGGGAACGGGUGUUGGUUGUACUUGGAGGUACCCAAGGGGAAGAAGGAGAGUGCUGGGGACCAAACGUGGGGCACUUGGUCUGGAUGCAUGAGGACUUGCCCGUUCACAUUUCAUCAUCAGGACGCUUUGUUUUAUCCUUCCUACAGCUGUUAGCACACGGGAGAUCUCUGUCUGUUAGUCUCGGAUCCUCUGUUGAACAUCUUCCAUUUCAGGCCAUUCGUGGGUAAGAUUUCUUGUAGGACAUCUUUGGCUAUUCUUGUGUUUGCUGCAUUGCAAACUCAAUGCCACAGAUUAAAAGGGUCUGCAAAGAAUUUUGACUUGUAAGUUACCAAAACCAACAGUGGUUUAAAUGGUUUUAUUAGAAGGACAUCUCCUGUUUGAACAAGUAUGGAAUAGAGCAAACAAUCCAAAGCUGUAGGUAGGUAAAUCUGUUCUAGUUUUUGUUUGCUUUUUUUAUCAUGGGCCAGUUUUUAAAGUGAAUAUUUGGUGAUUUCAUCUCAUAGCGGUUCCUUUGAGUUGGCUGAAUAUGUCCUGCAUUUUCAACAGGGGGUAGGAGAGUUUUGGCUGAGAUUCUCAGAGCUGUCAGUAGGUCUCAUUCUGAGGGAAGGGUUGCAUGAUCUCUGAAAAUGAGAUGGCUUUUUUCAGUGCCACCCUCAGCCCCAAACCACUACUCAUGCUUUUGGUGAUCUUGGCCCCUGUGUUUCAUUUCAGGCUGAAUAAACUCCCACAGUUUGCUCUUGUUCCCUGAGUGCUUGGGGGACUUUUCUUGGGGGCAGACAGAGGAAAAAUCUUUCCAUCUUCAUGCUUUUCACCUCUCUCAAUCCCUGCAGCGUAUUCAGGCAGUAGCGGUCGGUCCUGCUGACGUGCAGUGCUUCAGCUUUCUCUUGGCCAUGAACUUCGGGGCGUGUAUUUGCUUCCAGUCCUAAGAGUUGCCUAUUUUGCGAUGCUUUGGAGCUAGUAAUGUUUACCUGUGUGUUAUGUACAAAGCGUGAAGGGGGGUGGGGGGCUUAUCAAGGUCUAAUGGCAUGCCUUUGGGAUGACCGUGUUGCUUGCUGGCAGUUGAAUGCACCAUCCGCUCUUUUGUGUGUGCCACGUUCUGCAGAACUGAUCAGUGUGUUUUGCUUCUGAGAACUCAUCCUUCUGUCCUUCCCACCUCCCUCUGCCUGUUGUUAGGGUAGCUAAAUAGUGUGAGGGCAACUGAGUGGGAAUCUCAGAGCAGCCCCGGUGCCUCGUAGGAAGCUGGAAGCGUGGUCUCUGAUUGCCAGAUGGAGGGAGUGAUGCUGUGCUGAAGGCAAGCCCCAAGCCCGGGCAGUACUGAGGAAGGCUCUGGGUGCAGUUUGUCAGCUAGUUCCCACAUCUAGAAGCUCGGUGAUGGAGCUGAGUUGGUCAUCAAGUGCAGUGAAGUCCUAAGGUAAAGCAGUGUAUUGCAUGGAUGUCGCUAACCAGAUUAACUAAAAGUGCUUUGCAUUUGUGUGUGUGUGUAUGUAUACACAUAUGUGCUCAACGUACCUCUAUCAGCCAUCCUCUAAGAGUCCACACACACAUUUACACAUCAGUCACAGCCUGAAGCUGGAGCCAGGUUUUCAGUUUGGUGUUUAUAAAUGGGCACGUUUCCCAGUUUGGCUCAGGCCAGCCAUUUCCAGGAGUGCAGGAGGGCUGCACGGUGCCACACAGGGCAGGGAGAUGCAGGAGCUGGCUCUGGAAAGCUCAGGGUUUACAAAGAUACCUGGCUCAGAGCAAAAAUUGAGCUCAUUCAGAUGGCAACAACUCGAAUUCUGAAAGUGGGACUGAACUGGCCGCUUUGCCUGGGAUGGGAGCUGCAGCCCAGCUGCCUGUGGGCACGGGGAGGAGACGUGGAUGGGGCUAAGGACAUAACACUUACUUCCCAGAGGCCCUAUCUUUUUUAUAGGUUUGCUCAAAUUUGCAGCUGAAUUUAAGCAUGGGCUCAGCGACUGCCCUCCUGCAGCAGAUCCAAUGGUGUUUUGGGUCCUUCCUGCAUCCACAGCAUUACAGGGGAAGGAGACGUGGUGAGAUGUUGGUGAGGAGCAGGGCACCUCCUCAUCCUUACCCAGGUGUCUGUGGACAUGGUGCUUUGAGGGAGCUAUAACCAUCAGCUGACAUGUGCUAAGCCCUCAUGUGAACCAGACAGCGCAGGGAAGCCUGUGUGCUCACAGCAUCUCUACUCUUGCUUUCAGUUAAGCUCAUACUGGUGGGCAGCUUGGGCCAGGGUUCAGCACAUCCUUACGGGCGCUGCCAAAUCCAGGGCUCAUUGGGAGAGGCAGAACUGGGCUCAGAUGCACAAAGGUCACGGUUGGGUGUCAGCCAUCACCACCAGGACGUGUGCCCCAUUUCUCCCCUUACACCCACGACUGAUGCAAAGGCCGGACUCGGUGUUUAGGGGUGCUCAGCCCAGUGUCGUUGCGUUCUUUUUGCUUUGUGAUGCUUGUGUUUCUGGUUAGGACAGGGAGGAAGGGCACCCAGGUGAGUAGGGUCGCCUGAGAACUGCGUUUGGGGUAGAGGCAGAGAUACCUAGCACAUGGCAGGCUUUAGAGCAAGGUUUGUUUGGGUUGGGUUGGUUGUUUUUUUUUCUGUUUCUGUAAAUAGUAAUGUAUAAAUGAUGACGAGACAGUGUGGAAAUUAUUAAAAAAUACGUCUUUGGUUGUUGUUUUUAUAUUACCUCAUUCAGCAAGUUUGUUUUACAAUGACUCGAUGCUUUAUUUAUAUUGUUUGUACUGUAAUUAAAACGAUUGAUAAACAUUUCACUUUGCUUGUUGUUUCAUAUGAUUUUGUUUUGAUUACGUAUGCCAGUUUGUAUUAUGUUUCCCUUUCCUCUCUCUUUGCAUUGAGGUUUUCGUGUCAGCUGUACAGUAUUCCGAAUUAAACAACAACAAAAAAAGCAAUUAAAAACAAACAAGUUGUAAAGUACCACAGAGGGAGACUGCUAUACUGUAUGGUCUCUUUCUAAUAAAGACAAGAAAACUUGUUCGUCACA